CAAGUAUGAACUCACCACUCAGCUUCAGAGUCAAGCAGCCGUUGCAGACGCCCCUAGCUAUGUCAAGAAUAUGAUUUCUAACAACCAAGAACAGGACUCCAUUUCCUUCUUUCUUACCCAGGCUUCAUAAAUAGAAUAAUUAAUUCUUAAUGAGGGGGUCAAGAUCGAGCAAAACCAUGACAAGCACUGCUGUAAAUUUCUUUUCUACCAUUUUGUUACUGUGCAUUUUAAUUAACUCCUCUGCUACAGAUGUUUUGAGAAUAAAUCAAACACUAAGAGAUGGUCAUACAAUUGUAUCACAGCACGGUGAAUUUGAACUGGGAUUUUUCACCCGUGGCAGUAGUACAAAUCGGUACCUGGGUAUAUGGUUCAAGAAGAUAUCGUACGGGACAGUUGUAUGGGUGGCUAACAGAGAUACACCGCUGAAUAAUACUUCUGGGAUGGUUAGGAUUGAUAACAAGGCAAUUUUAUUAGUUUCUAAUGCUAGCAAUACCAUAAUUUGGUCAUCAAAUUAUUCAACAUCUGUGAACAAUCCUGUGGCGCAGCUAUUGGAUACAGGAAAUCUUGUGGUCAGGGAUGAAAAAGAUGGUGGCCAAGAAAAUUUCGUAUGGCAGAGCUUUGAUUAUCCUGGAGAUACUAUGUUACCAGGCAUGAAAUUUGGAAAGAAUCUGGUGACGGGGCAGCAAUGGUAUUACUCAUCAUGGAAAAGUGUUGAUGAUCCUUCAACAGGAAGUUUUAUACAUCGAAUGGAUACACAUGGUUAUCCCCAGCUGCUGGUGUGGAAAGAUUCAAAAAUACAAGCUAGGACUGGACCAUGGGUUGGUAAUCGUUUCAGUGGCGAUCCAGUACCAAAAGCAAACAGAAUUUUCUUAAGUGAAUUUUUUAUUGAGCAGAGGGAGAUCUAUUAUGCAUUUCAUCUUCUCAAUAGAAGUUCCAUUACACCUGUCACCAGGUUGAUGUUGGAUCCAAAUGGUGGUCGCCAGCGUCUGAUAUGGAAUUAUCAGAAUCAAGAAUGGACAACUUAUAGGACUAUACAAGUGAAUGACUGUGAUCGAUAUGCACCUUGCGGUCCAUAUGCUACUUGUGACCCUAACAACUCUCCUAAAUGUGCAUGUUUGAGAGGUUUUAAACCAAGAAGUUCUGAAAAAUGGGAAGCAGCUGAUUGGACAGAUGGAUGUGUUCGUACAAAUUCAUUGGAUUGUGAUAAUGGAGAUGGUUUUGUCAAGUAUACAGGAGUGAAACUGCCUGACACGCAACAGUCAUGGUACAAUUUGACCAUGGGUCUCAAAGAAUGCAAAAGUCUGUGCUUGAAGGAUUGCAAUUGUACAGCUUAUUCAAAUAUAAACGUCGAAAAUGGUGGAAGUGGAUGCUUGCUAUGGUUUGGGGGAUUGAUGGACAUUAAAGUCGACACAGAAGAUGCUCAAAGUAUAUAUGUGAGGAUGCCAGCCUCUGAUUUAGAUGAAAGCAAGAGGUCCGGAGUGAGGCGAAUAUUAAUCAUAUCACUUACAAUAGCAUUAACAGCAAUGUCAGCCUUGAUCCUCUUUUAUCUGUUUAAGAAGAGAAAGCUGAAAAGAAAAGGCAAGUGUUUUUGUUCUCAUUUAGCAGAAAGAUUGAGUUCAAAUGAAGAUGAAAAUUUGGAGCUACCAUUAUUUGACUUCAGAAAAAUUGUGAAAGCCACCACCAACUUCUCCAAUGAUAAUAAGAUCGGAGAGGGGGGCUUCGGAUCUGUUUAUAAGGGUACGCUAGAGGAUGGGCAGCUAGUAGCUGUGAAAAGGCUGUCAGACAGUUCAAGGCAAGGAAUAGAUGAAUUCAAGAAUGAAGUUUCAUUGAUUGCUAAACUUCAGCAUCGGAAUCUUGUCUCACUUCUUGGUUAUUGCAUUGAGGAACAAGAAAGGAUAUUGGUCUAUGAAUACAUGCCCAACAAUAGUCUAGAUUCUUUUAUUUUCGAUGAAAAAAGAAGGCUAGCAGGUUGGCAAAGGUACUACAGUAUCAUAAAUGGUGUUGCUAGGGGACUACUGUAUCUUCAUCAAGACUCCAAACUAAGAAUUAUUCACAGAGAUCUUAAAGCAAGCAAUGUUUUACUUGAUCAGGAUAUGAAUCCAAAAAUAUCGGACUUUGGCAUGGCAAGAAGUUUUGGAGGAAGCCAAACUGAAGCAAAUACGACAAGAGUUGUUGGGACCUAUGGUUACAUGUCUCCAGAGUAUGCUAUUGAUGGACUAUUCUCAACCAAAUCUGAUGUCUAUAGUUUUGGUGUUUUAGUAUUAGAAAUAUUAAGUGGAAAGAGAAACAGAUGUUUUGAACAUCCGGAUCACAAUCUCAACCUUCUAGGACAUGCAUGGAGAUGUUUUAAUGAAGACAAGCUUAAAGAAUUGAUGGACGAGACAAUUGUGAAGCCAACUGAUCAUCAUGAAGUGUUUCGAGUUAUUCAAAUAGGAUUACUUUGUGUUCAAGAAUAUCCAGAAGACAGACCAGAAAUGUCAUCUGUGGUUCUGAUGUUGAAUAGUAAAAUCGCACUGCCAAAUCCCAAGAAACCUGGAUUUUUCACAGAGAGACGACGGAAUGAAAGAGAUUAUUCAUCAAGUAAACGUAUACUUUCUUCAUCAUAUGACUAUAGUAUUACAGCUAUUGUACCACGAUACAAUCUGGAGGUUUCCCAGAAAGAAGGCGGCAUGAAAGAGUUUAUUCAACAAGCCAGCCUAUAUUCUUCACCAGAAGAGUUGAACUUUACCACUGUUGUGCAACGAGACAAGAUUAUUAAUGUUUCAUCAGUCAAUUGUUUUCAUACUAUACUGAGGGGUGGCAAUUUUAGAUUUUGCCUCAGUAAAUCGGGUUACAAACUGGGUCAGUAUGAAUUGCUAACCAGGGGGAUCGAGAAAGAAAUAAUGGCAAGCACUGCUUUAAAUCUCUUAUCUAUUACCCUGUUACUAUCCAUUUUAACAAACGCCUCAGGUAAAGAUAUCUUGAGAGGAGAUGAAACAAUUAGAGAUGGUGAGACGAUAGUAUCAGCAAACGGUGAAUUUGAACUGGGAUUUUUCAGGGCUGGAAGCAGUACUAAUCGGUACUUGGGAAUAUGGUUCAAGAAGAUGUCAUAUGGGACAGUUGUGUGGGUGGCUAAUAGAGAUAGACCACUGAAUAACACUUCUGGGAUGUUAAGGAUUGAUAACAAGGCAAUUUUGUUAUUGGUUGAUGCUGCACUAAUUUGGUCAGCAAAUUCUUCAACAUUUGUGAAGAAUCCUGUGGCACAGCUAUUGGAUACAGGAAAUCUCGUGUUCAGGGACGAGCAAGAUGGCGGCUCAGAAAAUUUUGUAUGGCAGAGUUUUGACUAUCCUGGAGAUACCAUGUUGCCAGGCAUGAAAUUUGGAAAGAAUUUGGUAACGGGGCGACAGUGGUAUUACUCGUCGUGGAAAAGUGUUGAUGAUCCAUCUCCAGGAAAUUUUGUGCAUCGAAUGGAUACACAUGGUUAUCCACAGUUGCUGCUGUGGAAAGGUUCAGAACUACAAGCCAGGACUGGACCAUGGGUCGGCAAUCGGUUUAGUGGUGAUCCGGUACCAAAAGCAAACAGGAUUUACUUGAAUGAAUUUUUUAUUGAGCCGAGGGAAAUCUAUUAUGCAUUUCAUCUUUUCAAUACAAGUUCCACUAGACCUGCCACAAGGUUGAUAUUGGAUCCAAAUGGUAAUCGACAGCGUCUAAUAUGGAAUGAUCAGAAUCAAGAAUGGAGAACUUAUCUAACUAUACUUGUGACUGACUGUGAUCGAUCUGCACCUUGUGGUCCAUAUGCUACUUGUGACGUUAACAGCUCUCCAAAAUGUGCAUGUUUGAGAGGCUUCAAACCAAAAAUUCCUGAGAAAUGGGAAGCAGCCGACUGGAGAGACGGGUGUGUUCAUAUAAAUCCACUGAAUUGUGGACAUGGAGACGGCUUUGUCAAGUUUUCAGGAGUGAAAUUGCCGGACACGCGACAGUCGUGGUACAAUUUGACCAUGAAUCUCGAAGAAUGCAAAAGCAUGUGCUUAAAGAAUUGCAAUUGUACCGCUUGUUCAAAUAUAAACGUCGAAAAAGAAGGAAGCGGAUGUUUGCUGUGGUUUGGGGGAUUAAUCGGGAUUAACGGUUACACAGAAGAUGCGCAGAGUAUAUACGUGAGAAUGCCAGCCUCAGAUUUAGAUGAAAGUGCUACAGAUGAAAGCAACAACUCAGGAUUGAGGCGAAUUAUAUUCAUAUCAAUUUCAGUAGCAUUAACAGCAAUGUCAGCCUUGAUCCUCCUGCUUCUGUUCAUGAAGAGAAAGCUGAAAAGAAAAGGAACGUCGAGUUCUAAUGGAGAAGAAAAUUUGGAGUUACCAUUAUUUGACUUCAGAAAAAUUGUUAAUGCCACCACCAACUUCUCCCAUGAUAAUAAGAUCGGAGAGGGGGGCUUUGGACCUGUUUAUAAGGGUAUGCUAGAGGAUGGGCAACUAAUUGCUGUGAAAAGGCUGUCCGAUAGUUCAAGGCAAGGAAUAGAUGAGUUCAAGAACGAAGUUUCAUUGAUUGCUAAACUUCAGCAUCGAAAUCUUGUCUCACUUCUUGGUUAUUGCAUUGAGGAUCAGGAAAGGGUCUUGAUUUAUGAAUACAUGCCAAACGGAAGUCUAGAUUCUUUUAUCUUUGAUAAAGGAAAAAGAAGCUUGGCGGAUUGGGAAAGGUACUACAGUAUCAUAAAUGGUGUUGCUAGGGGACUUUUGUAUCUCCAUCAAGACUCCAAACUAAGAAUUAUUCAUAGAGAUCUUAAAGCUAGCAAUGUUUUACUGGAUCAUGACAUGAAUCCAAAAAUAUCGGAUUUUGGCAUGGCAAGAAGCUUUGGUGGAAGCCAGACUGAAGCAAAUACGACAAGAGUUGUUGGGACUUAUGGUUACAUGUCUCCUGAGUAUGCUAUUGAUGGACUAUUCUCAACUAAAUCUGAUGUUUAUAGUUUCGGUGUUUUAGUAUUGGAAAUAUUAAGCGGAAAGAGAAACCGAUGUUUUGAACAUCCAGAUCACAAUCUCAACCUUCUGGGACAUGCAUGGAGAUGUUUUAGUGAAGACAGACUCAAGGAUUUGCUCGAUGGAAUAAUAUUGGAGCCAAGUAAUGAGUGUGAGGCUUUUCGAGAUAUUCAAAUUGGAUUACUGUGUGUUCAAGAAUAUCCAGAAGACAGACCAAACAUGUCAUCUGUCGUUCUGAUGUUGAAUAGUAAAACUGCACUGCCUAAUCCUAAGAAACCAGGUUUCUUUACAGAGAGAAAACGGCAUGAAAAAGAUUAUUCAUCAAGCAAGCAUAUAUUAUCUUCAUCCAAUGAUUAUAGUAUUACAGCUAUUUCACCACGAUAGCGGCUGAUUUCAUUUGUACAUCAGUAAAUACUAUAGCAUAUGUUAUAUACUACAGGUUAGCAUGAGUUUAGAUAGUAUUCAAUAGAUUUACUGUGGAGUGUUCAGAACAAAGUUAGUGAAUUGUCUGACUUCAUGAGUGACUGCCUUAGAGUUUGAAGUAUUCCUACAGUUGUACUGGUGGUCAAUUUAUUGAUGCAAAACCUGAUUAUUGUGCUUAUAAA